AUGCCCAAGGCCACCUCCUCCACCUUCAAGGCCGCCCCCACCUCCGCCUCCCAGCGCCCCAAAAAAACCGGCGGGGACGCUUCUGCCGCGGCGGCCGGAGGCGCCAGGAAUCAUCUGUUUGAUACUGCUCGGUUUGGGCAGCAUAUCUUGACGAACCCUCUUGUUGCUCAGGGAAUUGUGGACAAGGCGAAUUUGAAGCCCACCGACGUCGUGCUUGAAGUCGGUCCUGGUACUGGUAACCUGACUGUCCGGAUCCUACCGUCAUGCAGGAAGGUGGUAGCUGUGGAGAUGGACCCGCGGAUGGCUGCCGAAGUGCAGAAACGUGUCUUGGGAAAGCCUGAACAGAAGAAGUUGGAAAUCAUCCUUGGUGAUUUCGUCAAAGCCGAGCUGCCCUACUUUGACGUCCUCAUCUCCAACACUCCUUACCAAAUCUCCUCCCCCCUUGUAUUCAAACUCCUCUCCCAACGCCCCAUCCCCCGCUGCGCCGUCCUCAUGUUCCAACGCGAAUUCGCCCUCCGCCUCGUCGCCACACCCAACACCAAACUCUGGGGCCGUCUCGCCGCCAACGUCCAGCUCUACGCCCGCGUCGAGCACGUCAUGAAAGUCGGCAAAGGCAAUUUCCGCCCGCCCCCGCAGGUGGAGUCGUCGGUGGUGAGGAUCAUGCCGCGGGACCCGCCGCCGCCGGUGAAGUUUGAAGAGUUUGAUGGGUUGAAUAGGAUCAUAUUUAGUAGGGCGAAUAAGACGUUGAGGGCGGGGUUCAGGGCGAAGGGGGUGUUUGAGAUGUUGGAGAAGAAUUAUAGGACUUGUUGUGCUGAGAACGGGACUAUCAUCGACGAUAUGUUUGACAUCAAAGAGAAGGUCGACGCGAUCCUGAUCGACACUGGUUUCUCCGAUAACCGUGCGCAAAAGAUGGACGUUGAUGACCUCUUGAAGUGA